CGUGCGCCUAGCCCUCGGUUGCCAUUGGAGACGGCCAGGCUGGAGUCGUAAACAGAGCAAGCUUCGAUCGAUGCUCCACUACGUCGUGGAUCCGCUGUAUGUCAGACUAUCAGCAGGCAUCGUUGAAGAUCAAGAUGGAGUCACUACUCUCCCUGUCGUUCAGCAAUCUCUCUGCGCGCGACACGAGUAAGAUCAGAAAGGGAUUAAGGCAGAUUGAAGGCCUUCUCGCACAGAUAUGCCUCUCAUCGAACCGACUGUCGCCGCAAAAGCGAAAGACGUCGGCUAGCUCAGAAGAAGUACGAGGGGUGUGCAAACUGUUGGGGGACUUGAGGAAGGACGCGGCGUUUCGCGAAUUCUUCAGACUACAGGAAGGCUUCCGUUGGAAUGUUGCCAGCAGACUGAUUGCCGUGCUUGAGAGACUGAUGGGCAUGCAUUCUGCAUCCUCCACAAACCUGCUGAUACUAUCGACACUCGACCUCUUGCAAGGCAUUCUUCUCCUACAUCCGCCUUCGCGAACGCUCUUUAACCGAGAGGAUUAUAUGAACCUACUGCUCGAUCUGCUUGACGCAACCAACCCACCAUCAGUACAAUCACAAGCAUUAUUGGUUCUGGUAACGGCAUUGUUGGACUGUCCGGCCAACGCAAGAGCCUUCGAAGCCAUCGACGGCUUGUUGACGGUGACGAGCCUUUUCCGAAGUCGAAGCACGGCGCAAGAAGUCAAGAUGCGAACCCUUGAAUUCUUGUACUUCUAUCUGAUGCCGGAAGCGCAACCGAAGACAGCUCACGGUGCACUAAAUACAACGGCGUCACCAACAAGGCUGGAAGAUGGGGCAGGCCACUCGCAAACCCAUUCCGGCGACAGUGGAGGGCCGAUGGACAUCGAUGAGGAGGAAGACAGGGUCACUAAGAACACGGAGGAAAAGCAGAAAUUGCUUGGCGAGCAUCUCAGCAACGUGGCGGAGCUGGUGCGCGACCUGCGUGAGCACGCGUUGUUCUCCACCGUAGCUGCGGAAUCAGGAGGUUGAGAACAUCAGGUUUGCGAUGCAAGCAAUCCGCUCGAGGUCCAUAUUUCACGACAGCCAGGUCUUAGCAUCUGACCAUCCACUUUGCAAGAGGGUACACGGCGUACUUGUUGUCCGUCUGACUUAGCCUAAAGCAUGUUGCUAGCACUAUCCCUUGGCAGAGCUUUCAUGCACUGCCGUCUCUGGGGAGAUUAGGCACGGGUUGUACUUCACCACGUCUCCGCCAACAUCUACUACACCUA